CUUCACCGCUAACUCAUGACGUCACGAUUAAAUAUGUCAGCGCCCAUGUGCAUUGCUGAAGGGUAAACAAAAAGUUGGAAAAAUCAUUUUAAAAUCAUGCAACAUAGGGAUGGACAAAUUUAAAACAAAUGAAGCAUUUGUAAAAGACGGAAAAGAAUGGGAGGAGCUAUCAAAAGCAUCAAGAAAGAAGAGAGCUGAAGAAUUCAAGCAUCUUGAAGCUACUAGGAAUGACACGGACCCCUGUUACAAGGAGGGACAAAUGGCACUAGAUUGCCUGAAGAAAAAUAUGUACGACAGAACAAAGUGUGUGCUAGAAUUUGAGAAUACACGUGCCUGUAAAAAAUUUUGGAAUAAAGUUCAGUGGCACAGGUUUUUUGCAAGAAUAAAGCCCAGUAUGCCCGAGAAAGAGGAAUGGGAACAAGUGAAGAAGGAGUACUCAAAGUGGCUGGCUAAGUAACUGUGGAUUUGGAGAGCUCAGUGAUUCGUUGUGGAUUUAUUUAUUCUAUAGAAAACUAUAAUUGAUUGUGGAGUUGGUGAUAAAAUCAAGAUGUCUUGGAUUUAUACAUGUGUGUGUCAACUUUUUGAUAUUUAUGAAAUCAUGGUACAUGUAUUGUAAAUAAAACUGUUAUAAAAUUUUAAAA